CCCCCCCCCCCCCCAACCAGGUCAACCUGACUAGCAAUAAGCCAGGAGCAGGGGGAGAUGUAGGAAGGCCUGAGAGUUCGAGGGGGGGGGAAGCGCUUUUCCCUGGAAAUUUCCCCCCAUCUUUUUAACUUGUAGUGUUGGAGGGUUUUGGGUUUCUUUUUUUUAAUUUUUUAGUAUAGAUAUAUUUUUUGAAAUCGGGUUUUUGAGGAGGUGGUAGGUGUUCAGAAAAGGAUGUGGGAAUGGAAGGGGUAGAUGAGUCAACCCUGUUAGAAGAUUCCAAGGGUGGUGAGUUACCUGAUCCUUUUCGUGUGUGGAGUUCAGGGGGUCGGGAGGUUUGGCCUUUAUUCCCACAUUCAAAGUUGGAACCCCCCCCAAAUUAAGAAUGGAGUUUUAGUACCCACUUGUGGCUGGAAUCCUGGGGGGAAGGGGUCCUUUUUUUCCCUUUUUUCUUUUCUUUUUCCUUUACUUUUUUUAAUUUUGGCAACCCACGCCCCUCCACACACACACACACACACACACACACUCACCCCGACACUAAACACCAAGACCCUCUAACUUGCUUGGAUUGACUGAUGAAGACAUAAGGCCAGUUUCCGCUCUUAUGUUUUUUGAGGUGGAGUGAGUGGUUUCUUCAUUUUUAAAUGGCCAAAUGACAGCUUGACCCAGUUUGCUUUCCAAUCAAAGGGCAUUUUUUUUUUGAAUGUCUCUUUGUGGCGCAAGAGCCAACGCAAAAAUGAUGGCGGCUUACAAUGGCGGUACAUCUGCAGCAGCAGCAGGUCACCACCACCACCAUCACCACCACCUUCCACACCUCCCUCCUCCUCACCUUCACCACCACCACCACCCUCAGCACCAUCUUCAUCCGGGGUCGGCUGCUGCUGUACACCCAGUACAGCAGCAUACCUCUUCGGCAGCUGCGGCAGCCGCAGCAGCGGCCGCAGCCGCAGCCAUGUUAAACCCUGGGCAACAACAACCAUAUUUCCCAUCACCGGCACCGGGUCAGGCUCCUGGACCAGCUGCAGCAGCCCCAGCUCAGGUACAGGCUGCCACGGCUGCCACAGUUAAGGCUCACCAUCAUCAGCACUCGCAUCACCCACAACAGCAGCUGGAUAUUGAGCCGGAUAGACCUAUUGGAUAUGGAGCUUUUGGUGUUGUCUGGUCAGUAACAGAUCCAAGAGAUGGAAAGAGAGUAGCACUCAAAAAGAUGCCCAACGUCUUCCAGAAUCUGGUCUCUUGCAAAAGGGUCUUCCGGGAAUUGAAGAUGUUGUGUUUUUUUAAACAUGAUAAUGUACUCUCUGCCCUUGACAUCCUCCAGCCUCCGCACAUUGACUAUUUUGAAGAAAUAUAUGUUGUCACAGAAUUGAUGCAGAGUGACCUACAUAAAAUUAUCGUCUCUCCUCAACCACUCAGCUCCGAUCAUGUCAAAGUUUUUCUUUAUCAGAUUUUACGAGGUUUGAAAUAUCUCCAUUCAGCUGGCAUUUUACAUCGAGACAUUAAACCAGGGAAUCUCCUUGUGAACAGCAACUGUGUUCUAAAGAUUUGUGAUUUUGGAUUGGCCAGAGUGGAAGAAUUAGAUGAAUCCCGUCAUAUGACUCAGGAAGUUGUUACUCAGUAUUACCGAGCUCCAGAAAUCCUGAUGGGCAGCCGUCAUUACAGCAAUGCUAUUGACAUCUGGUCUGUCGGCUGCAUCUUUGCGGAACUGCUGGGACGGAGAAUACUGUUUCAGGCGCAGAGCCCCAUUCAGCAGUUGGAUUUGAUCACAGAUCUCUUGGGCACACCAUCACUGGAAGCAAUGAGGACGGCUUGUGAAGGCGCUAAGGCACACAUACUCAGGGGUCCUCAUAAACAGCCAUCUCUUCCUGUACUUUAUACCCUGUCAAGCCAGGCUACACAUGAAGCUGUUCAUCUCCUUUGCAGGAUGUUGGUCUUUGAUCCAUCCAAAAGAAUAUCCGCUAAGGAUGCCUUAGCCCACCCCUACCUAGAUGAAGGGCGGCUCCGCUAUCACACCUGCAUGUGUGAAUGCUGCUUUUCCACCUCCACUGGGAGAGUUUACACCAGUGACUUUGAGCCCGUCACCAACCCCAAAUUUGAUGACACUUUUGAGAAGAACCUUAGUUCUGUUCGACAGGUUAAAGAGAUCAUCCACCGGUUCAUUCUGGAGCAGCAGAAAGGGAACAGAGUGCCUCUCUGCAUCAACCCGCAGUCUGCUGCUUUCAAGAGCUUUAUUAGUUCCACUGUUGCCCAGCCGUCUGAGAUGCCCCCCUCGCCCCUGGUGUGGGAGUGACGGUGGAAGAGAAUAUGUACUACUGAAGAUGUAAUGUAGCUUUCCACUGGAGUCUGGGAUUUGCAAUUCUGGAGGUUAAUCAUGCCUGUACUGUAAUUUUACUAAUGAAGUUUUAAAUUAACAACCACUACUUGUAUGAUAUGAAUGAUAUUUAGAAAUGUUACUAGACUUUUAAUCUUGUAAAGUGGUUGUGCUUUUAGGAACCUAUUUUCCCCAGAGUUGCACAUGUUGUAUGAAUUCAGUGCAGCUGUUAUGGCUCACGCAGAACAAACGAGAACUGAACCAAAUUUGGGAGUCUGGGGUUUUAUGUUUCUGUUGGGGUUUUUUGUUUGUUUGUUUGUUUGUUUCUUUUUUUUUAAUGAAGUGAGAUUGUUCACACACACACAGACACACACACACAUAUAAACACACAUGACAGUCACACAUUUUGAUAUUUGAGCCAUUCCUGAAGAUUUGGGAUUUUCUAAAUCCGAAACAUGUAGAGACCUUGUCUGCGACCAAUCCUGGAGCCACAUGAGCUGGUCAUGGCUGUCCUUGGGGGGGAAGGGUCGAGGCAUGCCACCUCAUGAUCAGGCCCUAUGAUUAGCUUCAUUAGCACCGUGAUGGUGAUGUGUGCUGUCUCAAAUCAAAUGUUUUGGGUAGAGAGAAUGCGUUUGUGACUAGGAGAGGUGAAACUUUUUCCCCCCUUCCCCAGUAUAAAUAUAUAUAUAUAUAUUUAAUCUAUUUUUAUUAGAAGUUUUUCUGCUCUUUCUUACAUAAAAGAACCCCAAGGCAUGCAUCUUUCAUGUGUGUAAAUAGUUCAUUUCUGGACUAAUUUCAAAAGAAUCCCAACAUCGAUCGCUGUACACAGAGAACUAGCUUGCACAUUUCAGGUCUGUGAAGUUUUGUGAGACUUUUCCUGCACUGGACAGUUUAAUAAAAACUUUUUUUCUUUUUUUUUUUUUUUUUGAAAAAAAAUAUUUAAAGACAAAAACAGAUUCAAAAAAAAUAAAAAACGAAAGCCACACACAAAAAGGCACAUAGGGAGUGAUGUCAACUGUGUCUGUCCUCAGGCAGAGCUGGGGGUCUGGAAAUGUCACAGUCGUCAAUAGCUCAUUCCUUUCGGACAAACUUGUUUCUGUUGGAACACUGAAUUCUUCUGUGCAUAUGUAUAUAUGGAUGCAAAUUGAAGGCCUCUACCUCCUGGAGUUAUACAACUUGGCUUGUUUACCUCCACAUGCUGAUGAUGAUGAUGAUGAUGAUUUUUUUUUUUUAAGUUCAAUGUGGAGACUUGAAACUUGAAUGUCCCUUCCAACUUUUAUAUUAAAAAAAAAGACAAGAAAAUUGAAGAUUGUUUUUCACCUGUACAAGGUAUACUAACGGAUCGUCUUAUAAUUGGUCUAGGGAAAAACCUUGGUGUGUGUUCUGGACAACUAACUGUUAAAGUUAUUGUAAGUUAUCUGUAUCUAGCAGAGAGUUUCAUCUUGAGUGAUCUGAGCUGAAUUUGAAGACUCUUAAUAAGUUAUGUUUGGAAGUUUUAACUUCAAUGAAGUAAUUAUUGCUGUGAAAGAAACCAACGUUGAAUUACUAAACAAAGAUGGUGCAAUAUCUUUGUUUUUUUUUUAUGAGGCUCCUGAGAAUCAACCCAGCUGAAGCAUUUCAAUUCACUUGAAUGAGAAACGUGUUAGUAUCAAAAGAGCCCAAGAAGACACUGGUGUGAAAGGUACAAUCUCAGAGGUUGGUCAAUUACCGUGGCACACUCACUGGUCACUUUGUACAAUGUAGAUUUGAAGUACAGUGGUGAAAACAUUAAAUGUGACAUUUGAAAAAGA